GACAACUUCCAGCAUUGUACUAUUACCAUUUUUUUUAUAGAAAAAGAUGAACUUCACUUUAGAGCAAUAACAAUCCCUCGAGUCUCCCCUAUAUAAAGAUUCCAACUCUUUAACGAUUCAUCUAUUGAAAAAACACACACACCAAAAAUAUCAGAUAUCUCAAACAAUGUCUUCAGUUUUUGGAUCUGUCCAUAUCUUGGCCAUGAUAGCCAUACAACUCCUCCUUAUACACAGUGUUUCGUCUCUGAACCUUACAAAUGCGUAUCUGCACCACAAAUGCAGCAACACUCAAGGAAAAUAUAAGCAGGGGAGUGCGUUCGAGAAAAAUCUCAACUUAGUCCUCAGUACCAUCACCUCGAUUGGAAAUUUUCGUGACGGUUUCCGCUACACCGAAGAAGGUGAGGAUCCCAAUAACGUCUUUGUCAUGUUCCAGUGUCGCGGCGACUCCUACUGGUCCAAGUGCCCCCCUUGCAUUAGCACCGCUGUCUCUGGGCUUCGUAGGAGAUGUCCAAGAAAUAAGGGAGCAAUAAUAUGGUAUGACCAAUGUCUUUUAAAGAUAUCUUCAGUCGCCUCCUUCAAUAAGAUAGAUUAUGAGAACGAUUUCUAUUUGUCCAACCCAAAAAACAUGAGUGAUCGGGAGUUGUUCAACAAGGAGACGUCGGCUCUCCUGGAGAAGCUGGCAAAUAAAGCCUCCGAUAGAAACAACUUGGAUGGUAAACAAUUGGUGUUGUACGCAGCAGGGGAGAAGAGAAUUGGGACAAAGAAGGUGUCUGCAAUGGUGCAGUGUACGAAAGACUUAAUAUUUACAAAGUGCUUUGAGUGUUUGGAAGGGAUUUUGAGGAAGUUUCCAGAGUGUUGUGACGGUAAACAAGGAGGGAGAGUUUUGGGUACGAGCUGUAACUUUAGGUAUGAGUUAUAUCCUUUUCUUAGAAACUAACAACAACAGUACAAUGAGAGCUCCAUAUUAAAUGAAAGGGUUCUAGAGAUAAACAGUCUUAUAAUAUACACUGUGUUGCAUUUUAGUACGUGAACUUAAUUGAGCGAAUAAAUGUACUUUCCUCUUUGGGAUUUUUGUUUUUUUUUGUGAACUUGAGUUAUUGAGAAGAAAUGUUCAAGUAUC